UUAUGCCUAUAAUAAAGAAAAGAACGAAUACUAUUAGCAGUAACUUUGAUGUUUCAAGCCAAUUAAUCUAUCUAUCUGACUGUCUGUCUGCCUGCGCGCGCGUUUGUGUAAAUGGACAGGCGAGAGAGAUAGAUUGUUAAAACAUACGAAAGACAAGGAAAAAGAAAAGAAAAAUAAUAUCAACUAUUUACUGAAGAAAGACAGACAAAGCAAAUACCAUCACCAACUUGAAUCAUAUUUUCGAAGAAGACAAACCGUUUGUGACGUGUUCGAUGACAUGACAAUUUCGACUAGAAUAACUGUCUUGUAGUUCGACUUUUGUCCUUCCGUAUAGAAAGGUCUACAUAUACCAAGAAAUGGGAAUUUUGGCCCAUCAAAUUGUGAACUAAAAGGGGAGGAGAAAAAAAACUAAAGAAAAUAAAAAAAACAAAUCAAGUUUCUGGAAUAUUCUAAGAGUUUCACUGAAGACAGGAAGUGGAAAAUUUACGUUUUGGUAAAACUAGUGCAGAUCUGCCUCAAUUAUUAUACAUCAGCAGCGAAUUAUACACACUAGCAGUGAGGUAUAUACACACUAGCAGUGAGUUAUAUACUCCAGCAGGGAUUCAUAUACCCCAGCAGUGAAUUGUAUUCCUUUCUGAAAACUAGUAAUUAUCAAACAGCCAGCAUCAUGGCAGUGUCUCAAAGACUUAUGGUUCUUUCUCAAUCCAAGCAAUUACACGCAAGAUAUGUUCCACCCAGAGCAACAGCCCAGUGGCCAGUGUCAACUACUGCCCUGAAUGCUAAUUGCAGUCCAAGAGUGAUUAACCUUGCAGUUUCAAAGAAAUUUCAUCCAAAUUUUGUAGCAUCAAGACCAGUGCCAAUUGAAGUGUCACUGUCAGCCAGAAAUGCAAAACCAUCACCUCGACUUCGUGUACUUGCUGUACCAAUAGUACGUCACUCAGUGUGUAAGCUUGUGGAAUUUCAGAAAAGUAAGUUGUAUGAAGACAAAAAAGACUCUGUUAGCAGUAGUACAAACUAUUCACAGCUGGAAAUCUUAGAAAUCAGAAAGUUACCUCGUUCAUAUAACAGAAUGAGUCAACAGAUUCAGCAGCCCUUUCCCAAGUCAACAUUGAAUAUAAAAACACCACCAAGGCUGGUAGAACUAAGCAUACCACUGUCUAGGAAACUGAUUAAGGACACAUACAACCCUUUCAAAGUUAACCCCACCUCACAGCAUGCGGUUGCUAGUGAACGUUUAACAGAACUUGCAAAACCAAAGACACACCACCUUUAGUCCACUAUGUUAGCUUUCAUGUUUUCUACAGGAAUAUUUAUCUUUCGUGUUUCUGAAACGUUUUUCUUUGACACAAAAGUUUGUGGCCAGGCAUUUCAGAAAAAAUAAGUAGGAAAAAUAAAAGAAGAAAAGGAACAUAGGCAAAAAAAAAAAAAAAAAAAAAAAAAAAAAAAAAAAACAAGAAAAACUCACUGAAAUUAUAAAUAUUGUCUGACUGAGAAACAAAAGAAUGAAAUGAUUUUUGUAUCAGUGGUUAUACACAAAAGAUAAUAUGUAUUAUAUAUUAUUUUGUGAAAUAAAGCAUUAUUUGA